CCCGCCCGUCUGCUACUCCGGCGGGGCGCGCGCUCGUCGGCAGCCUAUUGUCUGGCCGGGGUCUCGCCUCCCGCGGGGCGCGCUGAUUGGCUGGCCCGGCCUCCCUCGCCCCCCUUCCCCAGCGGCAGGAGCCCCCCGCCCAGCUGCCGCCGCCGCCGCCGCUCCUUUUUCUGCUGCUCCCGCGACCGGGGCGCAUCUGCGCUCCUCGCCCUGCUGGAUGCGGAGGGCGCCGCCGCCGCCGCCGCCGCUGCUGCAUGGGGGAAGCGCCGCCGCCCCCCCCGCCUGGCCGCCUCGCCCCCCGCCCGCGCCCCUCGGCAAGAUGAUGAAGUUUCGCUUCCGCCGCCAGGGCCACGACCCCCAGCGGGAGAAGCUCAAGCAGGACAUCUACGCCUUCAACAAGAUGGUGGAGCAUGGCUUCCCCAACCAGCCCAGCUCCUUGGCCUUUGACCCCAAGCUGCGCAUUAUGGCCAUCGGAACCAAAUCGGGAGCAGUCAAAAUCUACGGUGCUCCCGGAGUGGAGUUCACGGGGCUGCACAAAGAGACUGCAACCGUCACUCAGAUGCACUUCCUACCUGGACAGGGUCUCCUGCUUUCCCUCCUGGAUGACAACACGCUGCACCUGUGGGACAUUUACCAGAAAGAUGGCUACUCCCACCUGGAAGAGACCCGGAACUUUGUCCUCCCCGGACGGCCAGGGUUCGACAACGCUAAUUCUCCUCCCAGCAUCACCCGGGUGACGGUGAUCCUCCUGGGGUCCACGUGCAGCAUCGCGUACCUUGGCACUGAAGGCGGUGGCAUCUACUUCCUGGGGCUUCCUGGUCUAACGCUGCUGGAGGACAACACCCUGUACCAAGAUGAGGUCCUGCAGAGCGUGCCUGAAGACUACCGAUGCGGGAAGGCCCUCGGGCCAGUUGAAUCUCUUCAGGAACAUCCUCAAGACUCAGCCAAAAUCCUCAUCGGAUACAGCAGGGGCCUGAUGGUGCUGUGGGAGAGAAGCUCAAGAGAAGUUCAUCAUCUUUUCUUGGGCAACCAGCAACUGGAAAGCGUCAGCUGGGAGCGGAGCGGCCGGACGCUGGUCAGUUCUCACAACGAUGGGGGCUAUGCCUUGUGGUCAAUGGCAAACGGUUCGCCCAAGACCCUGCAACCCACAACUUCCACCGUCCCUUAUGGUCCUUUCCCGUGCAAAGCCAUCACCAAAGUCCUGUGGCAGAACUGCGACUCGGGGGGCCACUUCAUCAUCUUCAGCGGGGGGAUGCCCCGGGCCAGUUAUGGGGACAGGCACUGCGUGACCAUCCUGCAGGGCCAGACUUUGCUCACGCUGGACUUCACCUCGCGGGUGAUUGACUUCUUCACGGUGGGCAGCACAGAGGCUGAGGACGAAUUCGACAACCCAGCAGCCUUGGUGGUUCUGGUGGAAGAAGAGUUGGUGGUGAUCGAUCUGCAGACGCCGGGCUGGCCGACCAUCCCCGCGCCCUACCUGGCCCCUCUCCACUCCUCGGCCAUCACCUGUUCCUACCACAUCUCCAAUGUGCCCCUCAAGCUGUGGGAGAGAAUCAUCAGCGCCGGCGAGCAGCAGAGCCCUCGGCUUUCCUCGGUGCCUUGGCCCAUCGAUGGAGGGCGGCCCCUGGCUCAGGAACCCACCCAGAGGGGGCUGCUCUUGACCGGGCAUGAAGAUGGCACCGUGCGUUUCUGGGAUGCUUCCGGAGUGUCCCUCAAGCCGCUGUUCAAGCUGGGCACGGCCAACAUCUUCCAGAUGGACUGUGAACACAACGACAGCUUGAAUCAAUCCUACGAGGAGGAAUGGCCCCCCUUUCGGAAGGUUGGCUGCUUUGACCCUUACAGCGACGACCCCCGGCUGGGUGUCCAGAAAAUUGCCUUGUGCAAAUAUACGGCUAAGAUGGUGGUUGCUGGCACAGCAGGGCAGGUGCUGGUGAUGGAGUUUAACGAUGAGAAGUCCGAACACAUGGUCAACAUUGCUGUGGUGGACCUACUCCAAGACCGUGAAGGCUUCACAUGGAAGGGGCAUGACCGGCUGCCCCCCAAGAAUGGUGCCCUCUUCUUUGCCCCUGGCUUCCAGCCCAGCGUCCUCCUGCAGUGCCUGCCCCCAGCAGCUGUCACGGCUGUCACUCUGCACUCAGAAUGGAAAUUGGUGGCCUUUGGAACCAGCCAUGGCUUUGGCCUCUAUGACUAUUACCGCCGGAACCCCGUGCUGGCCAGGUGCACCCUGCACCCCAAUGAUUCUCUGGCAAUGGAGGGCCCCCUCUCGCGGGUUAAGUCCCUGAAAAAGUCCCUGCGCCAGUCCUUCCGUAGGAUCCGUAAGAGCCGCGUGUCGGGCAAGAAGAGAGUCACGGCCAGUAGCCCCUCAAGUAAGGUACAGGAAGCAAAUGCCCACCUUGCUGAGCAACCUGGUCCCCACGAGGUGGAGAUGGCGCCUGUCCAGCGGCGGAUUGAGCCUCGCUCAGCAGACGAUUCGCUGUCCGGGGUUGUGCGUUGCCUCUACUUUGCGGAUACCUUCCUCCGAGAUGCUGCACAUCAUGGACCCACCAUGUGGGCCGGCACCAACUCGGGCUCGGUCUUUGCGUACGCCCUGGAGAUCCCUUCCCAGGAGAAGUUUUCAGAGCGCUCCGUGGAGGCCGUCUUGGGCAAGGAGAUCCAGCUCAUGCACCGGGCCCCGGUGGUCUCGAUUGCCGUCCUGGAUGGCCGAGGGAACCCUCUGCCGGAACCAUACGAGGUCUCUCGGGAUCUGGCCAAAGCCCCCGACAUGCAGGGCAGCCACUCGGUGCUCAUUGCUUCCGAAGAGCAGUUCAAGGUCUUCACCCUCCCCAAGGUCAGCGCCAAAACCAAGUUCAAGCUGACUGCCCACGAAGGCUGCCGCGUCCGGAAAGUGGGCUUGGUGAGUUUUGCCAGCGCCACGUGCGACGACUAUUCGGAGAAUGGGCUGGCCUGCCUCACCAACCUGGGCGACCUCCACGUCUUCACGGUGCCCAGCCUGAGGCCGCAGGUCCACUACGACUGCAUCCGGAAGGAGGACAUCAGCGGCAUCGCCUCCUGCGUCUUCACCAAGUAUGGUCAAGGCUUCUAUUUGAUCUCUCCGUCAGAAUUCGAACGCUUCUCCUUGAGCACUAGAAACAUCACCGAGCCGCUGUGUAUUCUGGAGACGAGCCGCACCCACGACAGUCUUUCUCCAGGAAAGAACUUCACAGCAACACCAAAACUAAGCCAGGCCAACGGGACGCAUGUUUUACAAGGAUCAGAGGCUAAUCAUUCCCCUGCAAGCAACGAUCGGUCUCCCGAAGACCACCCAGCCUUGUUUGCCUCCCCCGACAGCAGCAUCGACACCCCCUUAAAUACCACUGGAGAUAUUACAGCCGAAGAAGUGAAGGAUUACUUGACGCCCUCCGAGGAAGCCGAGAGGAAUCUGUGGAACGUCAAUGAGGAGGAGGCCAGAUCUCCAGGGAUCCUCAUUAAGUGAGGGCCCCUGCACCACCAUCCUACGCGAUGCUUGGAGCUUUGGGACUGAGACUUCUCGCUGUUUUGGCCACAAACUGUUGGUCCUCCCUCUCCAGAGGACCCCGGGCUCUUCCCUCCGUAUUUUUUUUUACAAGGACAAAAAGAGUUGUGGUCUUUUUCUAACACGUGGCCCGGAAGCGGAGGGGCGGCAUCUCUUCCUGGGUACCUCUCCAAGUUUGCAUUUUUGAUAGAUUAUAUAUAUAUAUAUAUAUCUGUAAAAAAAAAGGAAAAGAAAAAAAAACCCCAGAAAAAUGUGCCAACGUCCUGGAGGAACCACUUUUGGAGCAUCUGCUCUUCCAUUGCACAGAGACUUUUGGGGACUUUAAUAAGCGUUUUCUUUUGAAAACAAAGCCACUGGAAGGAGGAGGACCAGGCUGACCGGGAUGAAGACUCCUUCCCCGCCCCCCACUAAGAAAGCAAUCGGGAUCUUUUGGCCCAGCGGGUCCUCUGAUUGGGGGAAAGGAGCUUUUGAUGGACAGAAGACGGAGGGAGGGAUUUUGCUGCCAUGCAAUGCUGGACAGUCCCUCCACCUGCCUUUUUGCUGCCAAGGCUCAGAUUCUACUGAUCUUGCUUGAAACUUCCUCUCCAGAACCCUCCGCUGUUUCUGGGCUGAACUCCCUGAGAAAAGUUGUACUGGAUCCAAUGACGAAUUAAGUAUUUUCUGCUCACUGGUGGGAACUUUGAGGCCAAGAACAGAUUUGAAGAAAGAGUUUUUUGUGAUACUGAUGGAUGCCAACCUUCCUUCUCCUCCUCCACCAUCAUUCCUCCUCCCCUCCCUCCCUCCCUCCCUCCCUCCCUCCCCCUUAAUUUGGAGGGAACGGUUAAAGAUUUUUUCUUUCUUUCUUCAUUUCUUCAUUACACAAGAUUUCUAAUUGGGAGCAUUUAUCUGAGCACAAAGCAGAUUUUGUGAAAUAGGAAGCCACAGAGCUGCUGCAAGAAAAUUAUAGCAGUCCAAGAAAACACUGUGCAAGAAAUACUAUCAUUCCUUUCAGAUAUUGUUCCCUUUUCCUUCCUCGCCUGUGUUAUUUGAACGUUCAGAACGAGGGGUAACAGUUUUGUAGAUUUGGGGUUAAUUAGCAAUGCCAAAGUAGCUUCCUCUUUCCUUUCUGAAAUUCCAAUUUCCUGGGAUUUACCUUUUGUCUCCGGGAGGGAAAAUUAAUUGGGCUUGGUAACAGAGUUGAUGUAUGUCUCUUAAUCCCAGGAGGUGAUAUGAUGGUAAAUAAGUUCGGCUUA